CUUGGGUACCUUGGGAGGUUGCAACCAUUUAUUUACCACGAUCAUUAGGUUAACGCGACAACUGUACCCCAUUAUCAUCGUAAGUUAACUAGGCCCGCUGAAGUGUUGGAAAGAAUGGCGUACAAUUCGGACGAACUUUGCGCUCCUUCCUGGUUGGACGAUGAUUUUUUUCUGAAAGUGAUGAGAGAGUUCGAAAACGAUGCCACGGUGCGCUUGACGGCCGAGUGUCCGCUACGGCCCGGUACGAAAGCUGGCGAUCAUUUCGCUAGCGUCAUGUACCGAACGAAGGCACAAUAUCGGGCCGCAAACGGUGAGCAGAAAUCAAUUGACCUCAUUGUGAAGUUAAAGCCGACGGUGGAUGGGUUAAAGAAGGAGCUGCUGGAUGAUGAUGACUUUUUUGGAAGAGAAAUCCGUAUGUACAGUGACGUGCUUCCGCGAAUGGGUCAGCUGUUGGCGGGCAUCGGAGAGGACUACAAGUACCCCAGAUUGAUCUAUUCGUCUCGCAAGCCUCAUACCAUCCUUGUGCUGAAGGACAUAAGCUCCGAAGGAUGGGUUACGCAAGGGUUGGUGCCCACAUUCGAGGAACUGAAGCCCACCGUGCGUAAUAUUGCGAAAUUUCACGUCGCCUCGAUGGCACUAGCACAAAGUGUAAGCCACAUUGCACCGUUACGGGGGUUGGUCCUCAAUUUUGCUAAUUUUGAAGAAUACUUUUGCCAGGACCCAACGUUCGCGGUCCUGAACAAAUGCACCGUACUGGACACAUUUCGAACGAUGAAACCCAUGACGGAUGCUUGUUUUGCGUCGUUCAUUCGCUUCGUGAGCGACACUCUGAACCUACCCGAGUUUGUUGGACCACUGGAACGCUUUCAUCUGCAGUUGUACUAUCAUCUGAAGGCGGCGUACGCGACAUCGUCCGUCUGCGCGAACGUGCUCAUCCAUGGAGAUUUCCAUUUCAAAAACCUACUCCAUCUACGGUGUGCGGACAAAAUUAGCGACACCAUGUUCGUGGACUACCAGAUGUGUGGCUGGGCCUCACAGGUGGUGGAUCUGGUUUAUCUCACCUAUAUGAUACCGGAGCAGUCGGUUAAGGACAAUCAUCGCGAUGAGAUUGUGUACUGUUACCAUCAGACUUUCGGUAGCAUCCUGCGACAACUGCAAAUGGGCGAUCACGUUCCCAGACUGAUCGAUCUACAAGCGGAACUUUUGCGUGUGGGUGCGCUAGAACUCUUCCACUACGUUGUGUUCUCGGCGUUUCGCUACAUCGAUAUGUCCACGGUUGAUCCAGAAGCGUUUUUCUUGGGGCGCAUCGAAAAUCCCGCAUUCGAGAUGGCAGAAUUUAGACGUACCAUCGCAAAGGAGUUGAACCGAUUCCGGCACCAAGGAGUCUUGGAGUAGCCGAUGCGAAAGGUUGGGGCUGAUG